AUGGGAGCUACCCAAUCCACAAAUAGAGCUGCAAAGUUUAGCGGUAGUACGCGGAAGAGCGUACGGUCCUAUCAAACGCCGGCCAGUGCUCCAACUGUACGUCGUCAAUUAUCGCAACGAAAUAUAAACAGGAAUGUUAAAGAAUUUUCAAGGUUUUGGUCUGGGGGUGGUUCAUUCCGUCCGAAAGGGACCAGUGGAAACCGACGUAGUGAAUCUGUCAGGAGGAAUAAUAGCGUGCGCAGGAAUCGGCCCCAAUCUGCCGAACCAUCUCGAAAAUCGUCAAGAGGGGUUCUCACGCCAGUGUCUACGCCACAUUCAACACCUCGACCAAUGCACAACUCGUACCCACCGAAUGGCCCACCUUUGCCCCGUCCAAUGAUGGGACCAAGAAAUUUUGAGCCUUCGCUGCCGCCUCCACCUCGUUAUGACUACCAGGACGAUGUUAUAAAUGACAAUGGACGAACUCGUGUAUUCGACAGUAAUCCGGAACGAUUGCACGCUUUGCAGUUUCCGCACGAGACUGCCAUCUAUUAA